AUGGCAUCAAUGAUGGGGGUGUUGGCUUUUUGUCAGUCCCUUCUACACACAGUCUUCCCGCCGGAGCUCCGGUUAGCUUCCCACAAGUUCUUCCAACGCUGCCUCAACUGGUUCUCCUCCUACUGUUACUACGACAUAACCGAGAUCGACGGCGUCAACACCAACGAACUCUACAACGCCGUCCGACUCUAUCUAAGCAGCUCCGCCUCCAUCGCCGGCACCCGCGUCAGCCUUACGCGUGGCCUCAAUUCCAGCACCAUCACCUUCGGGGUCUCCAACAACGACAGCCUUGUCGAUACCUAUAAUGGAGCAACCGUCGAAUGGGAACACGUUGUUACUCAAAGACAAUCCCAAACAUUUUCUUGGCGACCACUGCCUGAAGAAAAAAGAGGGUUCACUCUCAGAGUCAAGAAAAAGAACAGACAGGUGGUGUUGGGUUCUUAUUUUGAUUUUGUUAUGGAAAAGGCUAAUGAAAUACGUAGGAAAAAUCAGGACCGUUUGCUUUACACAAAUUCACGUGGUGGCUCCUCGGACUCUGGAAGUCAUCCAUGGCAAUCCGUGCCCUUUAAGCAUCCUAGUACUUUUGAUACUUUAGCAAUGGAUCCUGUGAAAAAGUCUGAGAUUAUGGCUGAUCUCUUGGAUUUUGCAAAUGGAGAGUCUUUUUAUCAAAGAACUGGGAGGGCUUGGAAAAGAGGGUAUUUGUUAUAUGGCCCUCCCGGGACUGGAAAAUCCAGCAUGAUUGCAGCUAUGGCUAAUUAUCUCGGUUAUGAUAUUUAUGAUCUAGAAUUGACUGAAGUGAAAACAAAUUCUGAGUUGAGGAAGUUACUUAUGAAAACCAGCUCGAAAUCCAUUAUUGUUAUCGAGGAUAUAGAUUGUUCAAUCAACUUGACUAAUAGGAAAAAGAAUUCUAAUUCCGGUGGCCGAAAAAAUAACCAUGAUGCUGCAUCUCCGGCGCCACUGGGGGCUAAUGAAGAAGACGACGGCAGUACAAUAACGCUGUCGGGAUUGCUGAAUUUUACAGAUGGAUUGUGGUCUUGUUGUGGGAGUGAGAGGAUUUUCGUGUUCACUACAAACCAUAUUGAGAAGCUUGAUCCUGCAUUGCUGAGGAGUGGGAGAAUGGACAUGCACAUAAACAUGAGUUACUGUUCUUUUCCUGCAUUUAAGAUUCUGUUGAAGAAUUAUUUGGGGUAUGAGGAAACUAAUUUAGUGUUGGAGGAAUUGGAGGGGGUGAUUGAUGAGGCUGAAAUGACGCCUGCCGAUAUCAGUGAGGUUCUGAUUAAGAACCGGCGAGACAAGAGCAAGGCUGUUCAGGAAUUAUUGGAGGCAAUGAAGAUAAGGGCCGAAAAAACUCGAGAGAAGAAAUGGCUAGAGAGUAAAAGAAAUGAGAUUGAAGAUGAAAAGCAAGUGCAAGAGAAGAGGGCUUUGGAUAUCCCACAAGAAGGUUUCGAUCAGUUGGAAGACAGUUGCAAAAAAGAUGAUGAGAAGAUAUUCUAG